CAUAGCAAGGCUAUUAGGAAGGCAAAGCUUUGUAUAUGGGCCAUGGGAAAGGGUUUACUGGGGAUUAGCUACCGGAUGUUUGAGAAACAUGCCGGAGAGAAGGGCGCAGAUGAGAUAAUCAAGAAAGCCCUUCUUGAGCAGUCUGGUAUAUUAGUUCUUGAUGAAGGCCACACACCUAGAAAUGACGAUAGCUACGUUUGGAAGGUCUUCUCUGAAGUGAAAACAAAGAAAAGAAUCAUACUUUUCGGGACCCCUUUUCAGAACAACUUUGCGGAGCUAAACAACACACUUUCUCAUAUAAGAGAAGUGUUUGGGGAUCCUUUUUUGCGCGGGAAUCAUUUGCAGAGUGGAAGGAAAAAUAAGGCAAACAAAAGGGGGUUUUAUAAUGAUACUAGCAAGGUGAAUGAAGAUAGAAGAAUUGAAGACUUAAGGAACCGUCUAAAGCCCUUUGUACAUGUUCACAAAGGGGAGAUCUUGAGAAAGAUUCUUCGCGGGCUAUUUCAUUCAGUGCUUCUACUAAAGCCCUCUGAGUUGCAGAAGACUUAUAUCCGGAAAUUGGAUGUGUUCAAGAGCGGCUUAUUGUUAGAAUACUUGGUUUCUAUUGUCUCCGUACACCCUUCUCUUUUGUACAAAUGUGAGCAAGUUUCUGCUUUCAUUGACAAGGAAAUGUUGGAAAAGCACGAAGCAGACUUGGAUGUUAGGGUAAAGAUCAAGUUUCUCUUUGAGCUCAUCAAGCUCAGCAAAGGGGAGAAAGUUGUGUUUAGCCAAUAUCUGAACCCUUUAACCUUAAUUAGAGAUCUGCUGAAACUGCACUUCAAUUGGACCGAGGGAAAUGAAUUUUUGUUUAUGGAAGGGAAGCAACGCCCAAAGAUAAGGCAAUCGUUGAUAGCGCAAUUCAAUGAUCCCGGAAGUGCGGCAACGGUUCUUCUAGCCUCUACCAAAGCAUGUUGUGAAGGGAUUCACCUUGUUGGUGCCUCAAGGGUGGUCUUGCUCGACGUUAUUUGGAACUCUUCUAUUGAAAGGCAAGCCAUAAGCAGGGCUUACAGGCUAGGUCAGAAGAAGGAUGUCUAUGUUUAUCACCUCAUCAUCACACUGGAACGAGACAAGUAUGAGAGGCAAGUGGCAAAAGAACGUGUGUCUGAGAAAGUUUUUAUUUCUUCUGAGGCUGAAGGAGUGCAUAAUACAUGUACAUUGUCGAUGAUUUCAGAGGAUCAGAUCCUAGAAGAUCGGAUCCUAGAAGAGAUGGUCGAACACGAGAAACUGAAGUGCAUGUUUGAGAAGAUCAUCUACCAGCACUUCUAGGAUCCGAUCUUCUAGGAUCUGAUCCUUUGAAAUCAUCGACAAUGUACCUGUAUUAUGCACUCCUUCAACCUCAGAAGAAAUAAAAACUUUCUCAGACACACGUUCUUUUGCCACUUGCCUCUCAUACUUGUCUCG